AUGUUCUCAAUUGGUGCUCUUUCGGUACUCCAUUAUCUCGGUCCUUGCAUUCUCGCCAUUACCCAUCUCACUCUGUCCUCGAAGCGAACAGAAGGGAAUACUGCCGCUAAAUCGCAUACACAGCGUGAAGAACAGAUCCUACCUGUGGCCAAUGCAACGGUGCCAUAUUGGCGAACGGAAUGGCACUGGAUCGAUGAGCAUCGUUUGACCCCAGAGCUACCGGCAGAAUGUGACAUUGCGAUCAUUGGCGCCGGUCUAGCGGGCGUCUCUACUGCGUACCACAUACGUAAACUGACCUCGCACUUGAAGGCUGAGGAACGACCGCAUAUUGUCAUUGUGGAAGCUCGACAAGUCUGUUCAGGCGCUACUGGACGUAAUGGAGGUCAUAUCAAAACGCGAACACCGACCCUGCUCAGACAUGCGGAGAGAUAUGGACCAGAGCAGGCGGAUGAGUAUGCUGCUUACGUGGAUGCGCAUGUAUAUGCCAUCAAACAUGCUGUCGAGGCCGAGGGCCUCGAUUGUGAGUUCGAGCUUCGCCGGAGUUACGAUGUCUUCGUUGAUAGGGAGGAGGCACCGAGUAUGAAGACUAAGUUCUCAAGCGCGCUGGAAGCUGGCCAUGCGUGGACAAAGUAUCGUGACUUCAUCGACGGUGAUAUGGCCGAGCAGGUCACCGCAAUAAGAGGCGCGAAAGCAGCAAUCAGCUGUCCCAUCGGCUCCUUCUGGCCUUACAAGUUUGUCUCUCAGCUCCUGGCCAAGCUUGUCGAGGCGCGUGCCGUGAACGUGCACACUAACACUCCGGUUCAAAACCUUACCUACGAUCACGCUUCGUCCAAGAACAUCCUUCAUACCCCUCGCGAACAGCUCAAGGCCAAAGAGGUCGUCUUCGCGACGAACGGCUACACUGCCGGUCUGCUUGCAGCAUACAAGGACCAGAUCGUCCCUACUAGGGGAACAGCGUGCCAUAUCGUCCCUACCAAGGGUCCGAUCUUCCCUCACUUGUCUCACACGUACAACAUCAACUACCUCUCCCCUCCACCUUCAUCGUCCACCACGGACAGUAAGGAUGACAAGUCAGACGCCGAAGCCCGUGUGGACUACCUCAAUCCCCGCCCGGACCCCCACUCCUCUAUUAUUGUCGGUGGCGGCAAAUGGACCUAUGGCGCCGACCGCUCGCUGUGGGACGGGAACUGGGACGAUGCGACGCUUAUUCCAGAGGUGUUUCCGCAUUUUGACGGCUUGAUGCAGCGGCACUUCCUAGGAUGGGAGGAGGCUAGGAGUGGUGCAAGAAUGGUACGGUGUUGGACGGGGAUCCAAGGGUACACUGGUGAUGGAAUGCCGCAUGUUGGACGUGUGGUGGAGGAAGAUGGGAAAGUGAAGGGCAGGUGAAUGUUGGCGGGCUUCAACGGGGGCGGGAAUGCGGAGGUGUUUCUGACGGCCGAGGGUUUGGCGGAGAUGAUGGUAUUGGGGAAGCAGUUCGCGGAGAAUGGCGUCCCAAGCGAUGGGAGACUUUAAGACAGAGGUUAGGGAUGGCAUAGCGGUCGUUCACUAGGCAGGCGCUAAGACUACUAUAAUUGCCAUAUGACCGCUGAAGGUGCAAGAUAGUCUGGGACCGCCCUACGCUCGUCCUCGCUCACAUUUCUCUGCGUGAUUCUAGGCUCUUGGGACCCACCUCGAGGUCGUUAGGGACGGGUUCGCGUUGGUUAGCCGCACCACAGCCGCAUGCACGGCCAUACGAGCUUCUACCGGGUCUUCAGCAUAUCCAGUCAAAGCCGCAGCCACUGAAACUCCGUUGACAGUACUCG